UAGUGAACGCUCAAUAAAUAAAAUCGUCUAACGGGGCCGCAGCCAUCCACGUGUUGUAAAAGCCUUUUAUUUCAAUUGCCACAGUUACAAAAUCCCUCUCCCCGUCAUCACUUAUCUGCCAAUUUUCGAAACCUACCAUUCUCAUCAUAUAGAGAGGAAAAAGAAAAAGGGAAAAUCUAGAAUCUGAUCUAGCAACAUGAUACAGCUCCUGUAUGCAGUAAUAUUUGCAGAAAUGGGGUUGAUUAUGACCCUCCUAUUUAAAACCCCAUUAAGAAAGCUGGUGAUCAUGAGUUUGGACCGGGUCAAGAGAGGGAGAGGCCCUGUUAUGGUUAAGACCGUAGGCGGGACAGUGUUUGUUGUGCUGCUUUCGAGUGUGUACAGUAUGGUCAAGAUCCAAAACCGCACCAUUGAAGGUGGUGCUGUUAAUCCCACCGACCAGGUUCUCAUGUCUAAACACAUGCUUGAAGCAUCUCUCAUGGGAUUUGUGCUCUUCCUAUCUUUGAUGAUAGAUAGAUUGCACCACUACAUUAGAGAACUACGUAUACUCAGGAAGACGAUGGAGGCUGCUAAGAAACAAAGCCGGGGAUUUGAGGAUGGGAAAAAUGGUAGUGCAGAUGAAGCCAAGGCACUGGGCGAGGAGGUUAAAACUCUACAGAAUAAGAUUAAAUAUCUUGAAUCUAAAUUUGAGGAAAAAGCAAAGGAGGCAAAGGCUGCAGAAGCUGAAGUGGAGGCUUUGCGAAAACAAUCCGAAGUAUUACUUAUAGAGUAUGGUCGCUUGCUAGAGGACAAUCAAAACCUGCGAAACCAAUUGGAGUCGAUGGACCAGAGUCUGUCACAAUCUGAUGGCAAGAAGAACAUGUAAGGAAGUAAUGAUCCAAUGCAGAAUUUUCUUUCUUUUUAUUGCAUUUUCAUUUCCCAAAUCUCCGGUGAAGUAUUCGGGAUGCCAGAUUAAGAAAGACGAGACAGGUAGGGAGUUGAAGCGGGGUUCAUGGCUACUCAAAUUAAAAUGAGACAAUUAAGAGUUAGAAACUGGUUGGAGUGUCCGGGAAUAACUAUGUGUUAAUAUAUAGGCGUAUACUCUGUUACCUGUUUUGAGUAUUAAUCAUUUCCUGUGCAUUUAAAUCGAUACAUGCUUCUUUAGGACUUCUAACUAACGACCAUGAUGACUCUGGCCUUAGGAUCUAGUACUCAUGGUAUUUUAACGCAACUAUGCUUUAAUCAGUGUCCUUGAAUACUCCGGAGGCUUUAUUAUUAUUAUUAUUAUUAUAUAAAUGUUAAAUGAGUUUAUUA